UCUGUGACUACCACAACUACUCAGGCACCUUCAAGUACUACUGUUGGAACCACAACCAAGCCCAUUGAGACAACCACCCAUCAAGGAACAACUGCUAUUGCCCCUAUAACACAGACACUACCAGGCAGUACAACUAUUUACACAACGAGUGCAACCACACAGCCAGCCACAAACACAACAAUCCAGGUUGUGACAACAAAACCUCCCAAGAUAGUCACCACUGGUCCUACAACAACCUUAACCACAACUGUUGUUGAAACCACUACGUCAGUGCCAGAAAUCACAGUGACCAGCCAAGAAUCCACUGUUGCGACAUCAACACCUUCUGUGACUACCACAACUACUCAAGCACCUUCAAGUACUACUGUUGGAACCACAACCAAGCCCAUUGAGACAACCACUCCUGAAGGAACAACAGUCCAGGUUGGGACAACAACGGCUCCAAAGACAGUCACCACUGGUCCUACAACAACAUUAACCACAACGGUUGUUGAAACCACUACGUCAGUGCCAGAAAUCACAGUGACCAGCCAAGAAUCCACUGUUGUGACAUCAACACCUUCUGUGACUACCACAACUACUCAGGCACCUUCAAGUACUACUGUUGGAACCACAACCAAGCCCAUUGAGACAACCACUCCUGAAGGAACAACAGUCCAGGUUGGGACAACAACGGCUCCAAAGACAGUCACCACUGGUCCUACGACAACCUUAACCACAACUGUUGUUGAAACCACUACGUCAGUGCCAGAAAUCACAGUGACCAGCCAAGAAUCCACCGUUGUGACCUCCAAACCUUUUGUGACUACCACAACUACUCAAGCACCUUCAAGUACUACUGUUGGAACCACAGCCAAGUCUCUUGAGACAACCACCCUUGAAGGAACAACAGUCCAGGUUGUGACAACAAAACCUCCAAAGAUAGUCACCACUGGUCCUACAACAACCUUAACCACAACUGUUGUUGAAACCACUACGUCAGUGCCAGAAAUUACAGUGACCAGCCAAGAAUCCACUGUUGUGACAUCAACACCUUCUGUGACUACCACAACUACUCAGGCACCUUCAAGUACUACUGUUGGAACCACAACCAAGCCUGUUGAGACAACCACCCCUGAAGGAACAACAGUCCAGAUUGGGACAACAAAACCUCCAAAGACAGUCACCACUGGUCCUACAACAACCUCAACCACAACUGUUGUUGAAACCACUACAUCAGUGCCAGAAAUCACAGUGACCAACCAAACUACAGCCUCAGAAGCAGGUUUCACUACAACAACCUCAGGCACAACUGUUGGUGUAAUCACAGGACAUUCACAGAUACCAACUGUUAUUACAAAGCCAUCUGUUUUUCACACAACAGAAAUUUUGGCUACUACUGUAGUUACAGGCACAACAGCCAGAGGAACAACUGCUAUUGGUCCUGUAACGCAGACACUUACAGGCAGCACAACAGUUUACACAAGUAUUGCAACCACACAACCAGCCAGAUCCACAGUUGUUUCUACAUCACGGUUUCCCACAGCCUCCACAUCAUGUGUUUGCAUUGUCAACGGAACUUCACAUCGCCCUGGGGAUUUGGUGUACAACGUCACUGAUGGCUUCGGAUGGUGUUUCACUGCAUAUUGCAAUGCGUCUUGUAAAGUUCAAACAAAAUCCAGCCCAUGUCAUCCAACACCAAUACCCACCACUACUGCGCAUUCUGCUACAACAGUGUUCAGCACCACGACACAGGCCACAAUUUCAAGCUCAAUUCCUCUGACCACAGCUUUGCCUAACUCUACUUCCAUUACAUCAGAAACUACAUCAACUACGCUUGACUGCAAUGAUGUGUAUCCACCAAGAAAGAAUGGACAGUCCUGGACAGUAAAUAACUGCACCACAGCUACGUGCACCAAUGGCAAGAUCACAGAGGCAAAGGCUGUUUGUCCUUCCUCGCCUAUACCCAUCUGUUCCAAUGGACGCAACGUUUCCAAGGUUUAUGAUGAUAAUGGAUGUUGCUUUCACUAUGAAUGUGAAUGUGUGUGCAGUGUCUGGGGUGGAUCCCACUACAUAACUUUUGAUGGAACAUCAUACAGUUUCAACGAGAACUGCUCUUACCACUUGGUCAAAGAAAUUAUUUCUAAAUAUAAUUUAAGUAUUAUAGUAAACAACCAUUACUGUGAUUCUUCAAACAGCACAUUCUGUCCCAAAGCUCUCAUUGUUACAUACCAGUCCUACAAGGUUGUUUUGACUCAGUCGAAGACUUCAGGAACAGAAGCCAAUGUGGUAUAUAUCAAUCAGAAGCGUAUCUAUCCUGCAUAUAGCAAUGCUGACCUGCGCCUCACUAGCACAGAUAUGGUGAUCACACUGGAAAUAGAGGCAAUCAACGCAAAAGUAAUUUAUAGGGGAUCCUCAUUUAGCAUUGACCUUCCUUAUUCCCUCUUUGAAGGAAACACCGAGGGACAGUGUGGGACCUGCGACAACUCCCAGGUCAAUGAAUGCCGUUCUCCAAAUGGCCAGGUGGAAAGCUGCUCAGAGUCUGCAGGUCAGUGGAAAGUCCCGGGUACAUCCUGUGUAACCCCCACAAGCCCACCAGUGACUACAUCAGCACCCAGGACCUCUUCAGAACCGCUACACUCAACAACAGAGCACGUUUGCCAAUCUGACAUUUGUGAUCUCCUCACCAGCAGUGUAUUCGCAUCGUGCAAUGCAGUCAUAUCCCCAGCAUCAUUUGUGAAGGCCUGUUUGUCUGACGCUUGCAACAGCGGCAAUAACACUUGCUCCAGCCUAGAGUCCUAUGCCACUGAGUGCUCUAAUGCUGGAGUCUGUGUUGACUGGAGGAACGCUACCAACGGGCUGUGUGAGCACAAGUGUCCAGGCAAUAAAGUGUACAUGGCAUGUGGCCCCUCUGUAGAGCCAACAUGCAGUAGCAGAUACAACCAGAAGUUCCAAGCAUAUAGCAACACAUCCACUCAGGAGGGUUGUUUCUGUCCUAAUGGAACCAUCUUAUUCAACACAGUGUAUGACACAUGUGUUACCUCCUGUGAUUGUGUUGGCCCUGAUGGAACACCCAGAGAGCCUGGUGAAACAUGGACGAGUGGCUGCAAUAUCUGUGAGUGCAACCAGGAUUCCAUGAGCGUCCAGUGUCAGCCUGUUCAGUGCCCAUCGGUGCACAGCCCCAACUGCAGCGAGCCCGGACAGCAGCUGGUCAACACAACAGGCAGCUGCUGCACAACACAGUCAUGUGAAUGCAAUGUAAGCCUGUGUCCCGCUCCUAUCACCUGCCCGCUGGGCUUCCAGCUCAACGUCACGGCGAACACCACCUGCUGCCAGUCCUAUGAAUGUGUUCCUAAGGGUGUAUGCGUCUACAACAUGACAGAGUACAAGCCUGGUGCCAAGAUACCAACAUCAGAAACACCGUUGGAAGUUCCAUCAGUGACGGGAAGAACAACAGCGCUGUCACUGGAACAAGAGAGUGCAGAAGCAACACUGAAAGCUCCAUCAAAUGGGUCUUUCACACCUGGGCCUUGCAUGGACUGCUCCUGUGGCUCUGACAUGGAUCCCACAACCAGUCUGAACAUCAUUACCUGCAAACCUGUUGUCUGCAACACAAGCUGUUCUGAGGGUUACGAAUACCAGACUGCUGCUGGAAAAUGCUGUGGGGCGUGUGUCCAGAAGAGCUGUAUUUUCACAUCUGGCAACCUGACAGUACAUGUCAUUGAGGUCAACAGCACUUAUGUACCCCCUGCUGAUAAGUGCGUGCAGUAUACCUGUGAGAAGAUCAAUGGACAGCUGAUCACAAAGGAAAGCAAAACCACCUGUCCUCCCUUCAACCCCCUGGACUGUGAACCUGGCACUGAAUCAACUGAUGCCAAUGGAUGCUGCCAGACCUGCAAGGUCCAGAGUGUCUGUGAGGUCCAGAGUAAGCAGACCGUCAUUGAGGUGAACGGCUGCAAGAGCACACAAGCGGUCAACAUCACAUCCUGUGCCGGGCAUUGUGGAAGUUCAUCUGUGUAUUCCGCAGCAGCAAACACCAUGAUACAUCAAUGCGAGUGUUGCCAGGAGGCAAGCACUCGUCAGAUGCAGGUGGAGCUAACCUGCAGCAAUGGAUCCAAACUCCAGCACACCUACACCCAGGUGCAGACGUGCAGCUGCAGCAAAGCAGAAUGUGGAGCGGGAACAACGUCCAAGCCACAGCACCGCAGGAGACGCUGAUUAGUUACUUGAUGCUUUUAUGCUAGACCAGGUGGAACUUUAGGUAUUCUUCAUUUUGUCAGCUUUCACUAUUUAUAGCCAAACAUGUUCUCCUUUUCAGUGUCAGACCACUUUGAUAUAAACUUUCUUCAGCUUUUUUGGUGAUGAUCCUUAUUAAAAUAUUUCUGCAAUACAAA